GUUUGAGCAGGAACAGAGUUGUGUACAUGUAGCAGUGGGUCCGGCUGCAUCUGGGGGUGACUGCUGAUUUUCAGCACGUUUAUUUUUUAUUUAUUUUUUUUUCUAUUUUAUUUUCUCAUUAUUUUCCUUACUUCGAUCAAUCCAUUGCACGCGCGCGCGCCGAUAUAUUUGGACGUACAGAUUUUUAGUAUAGACCAUGAACAAACUCUAUGUGGGUAAUCUGAGUCCUUUGGUGACCGUGGAGGACCUGAAGCAGCUCUUCGGCGAGAGGAAGCUUCCCGUGACCGACCAGGUCUUGCUUAAAUCCGGCUAUGCCUUCGUGGACUUCCCCGACCAGAACUGGGCGAUUAAAGCCAUCGAGACUCUAUCCGGGAAAGUUGAAUUACAUGGGAAAGUGAUCGAGGUCGACUACUCUGUUCCUAAAAAAUUAAGGAGUCGGAAGAUUCAGAUCCGGAACAUUCCUCCUGAUCUCCAGUGGGAGGUUUUUGACAGCCUAUUAGCACAGUAUGGUACUGUAGAAAAUGUGGAACAAGUUAAUACUGAUACAGAAACAGCAGUGGUGAAUGUGACAUAUUCAACAAAAGAAGAGGCUAAAAUAGCUGUUGAGAAGUUAACAGGGCAGACCUUUGAGGAUUACUCCUUUAAAGUAUCUUAUAUUUUGGAUAUGGAUGCUGCUCCGCCUCUGCCUGCGACCCGGAAUCGUCGGGGUGGAAGGACACCACGGGAACAGGACUCCCAGCCUGGGACCUCUGCAGGCUCCCUGGGGCCCCGACAGAAGCAGCCAGACUUCCCCCUGCGCAUGCUGGUGCCCACGCAGUUUGUGGGAGCCAUCAUUGGCAAGGAGGGGCUCACCAUCAAAAACAUCACCAAACAGACACAGUCUAAAGUGGACAUCCAUCGUAAGGAGAACACGGGGGCGGCAGAGAAGCCAAUCUCCAUCCACUCCACUCCUGAAGGCUGCUCGGCCGCAUGCCGCAUGAUCAUGGACAUCAUGCAGAAAGAGGCUGAUGACACGAAGGUAACUGAGGAUAUUCCUCUGAAGAUCCUGGCCCACAACAGUCUGGUCGGAAGACUGAUCGGGAAGGAGGGCAGGAACCUGAAGAAGAUUGAAGAGGAUACAGAGACCAAGAUUACCAUCUCCUCUUUACAGGACUUAACUAUUUAUAACCCAGAGAGAACCAUUAUAGUGAAGGGGAGCAUCGAGGCCUGUUGUAGGGCUGAAGUGGAGAUCAUGAAAAAGCUGAGGGAAGCCUAUGAGAAUGACAUUGCUGCUAUUAACCAACAAACCAACCUUAUCCCUGGAUUAAGCCUGAGCGCACUGGGCAUCUUUUCAACCGGUUUGUCAGUAUUGCCAACAGCUGCUGGGCCCAGAGGCGUCCCACCUGUACCCCCAACUGGCUACAACCCUUUUCUUGGUCCCUCAUCACAGCUGGGUGGGAUGUACGGUGUCCCGCCUGCUAGUGCCAUCUCUCACCAGCACACACAGGCUCCCGAACAGGAGGUGGUCUACCUCUUUAUUCCAACUCAGGCUGUCGGUGCUAUUAUUGGCAAGAAGGGCCAACAUAUUAAACAACUGGCACGAUUCGCAGGAGCCUCUAUUAAGAUCGCACCUGCAGAGAGUACUGAUGUCACUCAGAGGAUGGUCAUCAUCACUGGCCCACCAGAAGCUCAGUUUAAGGCCCAGGGCAGGAUAUUUGGGAAACUGAAAGAAGAGAAUUUCUUUUCUGUGAAAGAAGAAGUGAAGCUGGAGACACAUAUAAAAGUGCCCUCUUCAGCAGCUGGGAGGGUCAUUGGGAAAGGUGGCAAAACGGUUAACGAGCUGCAGAACCUAACCAGUGCAGAGGUCAUAGUGCCACGGGACCAAACCCCAGAUGAGAACGACGAGGUCUUUGUCAAAAUUAGUGGGCAUUUUUUUGCCAGCCAGACUGCACAGAGGAAAAUCAGGGAGAUCAUCCAGCAGGUGAAACAACAGGAGCAGAAGCACCAGCAAAGCGCCUCCGUGACACACCGCUCCAAGUGACCAUCAGUGCAUCCCCAGCGGGUACCUGCCAAUGAAUGUAGCCCUCCCAACUGGAAUCAGACCAGACCAGACCGGACGAAGGGGACCGGCCGGGCAGACCAGCAGCCGUGGGAUCAAAACCAAAGAACUUCUUUCUGGGGGAGAUGAAGGAGCCACAGGCAGAAGGCUCUGAGUGCACUGCCAGCUUGGGGAGGGAGGGAGGGGGGAAGGAAGCGCAAGAAGACAAGUGUUCCUUUUAUCAUUCAAACACACCCUGAGCUUGAGAAGAAUAGGUAUGGGACAUCUGUUAUCAGGACGGGAAACAUCACAGUCAAUUUCUUUAUAAACUUCAAAAUUUUGGCUUAAUCUAGGGUUAACACAGAUAUGAAGCUCCAUUAACACGUGUACACUGAUUCAUUUAAACUGAGUUGUGUUGCUGUUUUCUUGGGUAGGUAAAGUGUGGGAGUGCACUAGCAGUAGCAGGCAACCGAUUUAUAAUUAUUCUUUUUUGUUAUUUUUUGAUGCUCAGAUUGCGAUUUCAAAGAUUCUCAGCCAUAUUCUAACCAGUACACUAGAACAAAUUUACUGUUAUAUCUAAAGCAGAAGCACGUUUCUUUUUGUUCUGCACAAGCCGUCGGGCGUGUAGUGCACAUAUGCGAUCGCGUACGCAUAUAACAUUGUUUUUCAGAUUUCUUGAUGAUGGAACAAGAAAGUUGGGAAAUGUAAAUGACAGAACGUAUAUUCAUAUCUUAGCCUGUUUGCAUUUUCGGGAAACACCAUCCAGCUCAACGGAUUCUUGUUACUUAGCCUCUGCGUGCCAACGGAUGCCGUUAAAACAUCUCUU